UUGUUGUUGGUGGUGCUAACAUUAGCAGAGGAAAUCUUCUGAGGUGGCGAUAGCUAACUGCUAGCUCCACUAACGUUUAACCCCCCCCCGUAUUUAAAAAUGUAAUUCACAGGCGACUGCUGGGCGACACAAGAUGCUAAUUUAGUGUAGCAAGGUCCAUCUAGCAGAGGGAGUGUUUUGAGGGACUUAUUCGGCGUUCUUCGUGCCUUGUUGAUGUUUCAUCCAUCCGUUAGCUCGCUUGUUGUUAGACGUAGCCUCCUCCUAACACCAGCUGUUAGAAAACAACGUUAGUGUCUGUAGCCAAAGCCCAGUCCUGGUUCCUUGCACCGAGGCUGUUCAUCUAACGGACCAGAGACAGAGAAAUGUCAGACCUCCCUCCAAACUGUUCCGAGCGAGUCCAGGACGCGGAGGCGGGAAUGAGAGACGAGGGCUUGAGCCUUUAAAACGGACACGAAGGAGAAUGAUUUCACGGUACAGCAGAAGACCUGUAUCACACAAACUAGAGAUUCGUGGGUUGUCCCGAAGCAGCCUCGACCACCACCCUCUCCCAGAGGAAGCAGACGAUAACCAAACCCCUCAGCGCUACCUCCAUGACCUCCAGGAAGCCGUCUCCGCUCACAACAGCUCAGAGACGUCUGCUGCCUCAGGCCACUCUGACUGUCCCACCGUCAUCUCAGUAGACUCCAACCAGUCCUGGUCAGGUAUCCACAGCUCCACCGGCACUGGCAUCUCUACAGAGAGGAGCUCUGUUUUCUCCUGGGGCUAUGAUGAGUUCGACAAGGCAGCGUCACGGCAGGUACAGCAAAUGUUUGAGGAGAUUGACAAAGAGCUGUAUGAGGGGAGAGGCAGCGGAGGAGGGAUACUCCAGGGGCUGCAGAAUGAAUGUCAGCAGUGGGCCACGCGUUUCCCGCAUCUUCGGAUCCUGGGGACUCAGCUGGUGUGUCCCAGUGAUGAUGGCUUCCAGUGGUAUGCUACUUCAGGGAAGGGCAGCCCUGCCAGCAGCCCAUCAGCAGGCAAAGAGAGCAGUGUGAAGCCCCAGGAGAAAGAUAAGGGCGGCAUAGAGUUGAAUGUGCAAGGCAGAAGAGCAGCCCUGAUCAAGUCUUUCUCAGCAGAGGUGGAAGGGCCUCCUGGCACCUCCAGUGGCUCCAGCAUUCAUGACAAACCGAGAGUGAUUGAAGUGGAGGGUCUGAUGGAGGAAUACCUGGCUUUUGAUAGCAGGGACUUGGAGGAUGAGUGGGAGCAGGAUUGUUCAGAGUCUGAUCGAAGGUAUCACUGUUUGCCCCCUGUCUCGCCGUACCGCUGUCGCCGCCAAGCUGUUCUCGACCUCCUGUUUGACGACGUGUGGCGGCAGCUGGUUGGCUGGAUGAAAGAGCUGGUUCAACGCCACUGGGAGUGCUGCACCUCAAAUGAUGAAAAGCUUUCUGGGAACUUGAGCCCCGUGCAGCAAGACUCCCAGAAUCCCUUCAUGCUGCUCUCCAUGCUGCCCACGAUGCUGCCCAAACUUGGCCAGAGCAGGGUGCCCCCGCUCACAUCUGGCCUGCAGUUCCAGAACACAAAGUCAAGGGGCUCAAAGCACAAGUCCAGACGGAAAUCCAAAAAGCAGAAAAGGCCUUCCACUGCUGGAAGGGUACCGGUAGGUGCGGCAGCGACUCAGCACAACCUGAACGACCUCAUCGUGAUCCACAGCAUCCCCCUGCAGCAGAGGAACCUGGGUGUGCUAGAUAGAAACCAGGAGCCAGAAGAGCGAGCGUGUCACAGACCAGGAUCCAGCGCUGUCCCCUCCAGCAAAGCUCGGCCUCGCCGAACCCUGGAGCAGAGCUCUUCCUCGCUGUCCCGCCCUGCACAGUCUGCCCGACGCAGAAACCCUCCUCCCCGAACCCUCCUGCCACUGGUUCCCAGCUUGAGCCUGUCCUGUGCAGCGGGAUCCAUGGACGAGGUCAUCCGCGGGACACGUCUACCCACAGCCAGCGACCGCCUAACAUCUCCGCAGUUGCCUCUGAGUAGGAACACACUCCUUCCCCCCAUCAGCACUGGAGACCCAGAGUCAUCUCACUCAGGGCAGCAGUCCAAACCUGCACAGCGUCAGAAAGGCCCGUCCAGCCGCGCCCACAGUGCUAUAAUUGAUGAAGCUGGCAGUUCAGUACCGAGGGAUCGUCAUCACCUACUGGACGUCUUCUCUCGCCCCAACACCACUCACACAUACAGGUCAGACACUCCGUACCGUCGUUCCUUCACAGUAUUGGACAACAUCGGGCAGGGGCGGCCAGGCAGAGCGUCUGUGGGCACAGACUCUCUUGGAAUCGGUGUGACCGGCAUUAGUCUUGGCAUCAGCAGCUCAUCUUUCUUGGACUCGUUUUCCCACCACCCCUUGGGGCACUCGCCCAUCAAAGAUGAAGAGGAGCCAGACCCACAAGUCCCCGUCCCAGCUCCGCUGGUGCCUGUGUCAGUUCCGCCUCGGUCUUACACCCGGGGAGGCAUUUCAUCUAGAGCCAGCAGACCUGGCUUGUAGUUUGCCUCCGAUCUUCAGACCCUUCAGCCAUUCAUCUUUAUAAAGCACAAUAAAGUGCAACACUCUGCAGCAUCUGUGACCUCUAAACUUUUUCUUCUUCUUUUUUUUUUACAGAAGUAGCAGACUUUUUUUUUUUUCAUAUUAAGCUGCUUUGGUGAAGUUUUUGUUAGAGGCCUAUUUUUGUAUUUCAGAAAUCAGCUUAUGUGGCUGCCAAACAAACUGUCAACAGUAACUCCAUCUUCAUGUACAGUAUGGGCUGUAUGUGUGGACAUUUCUACUGUGUAUGUAUGAUCUGAAUGUGUAUAUAUCUAUUUAUAUAUGAAUGUACUGUUACUAUCCUCUGGUGUGUUGUUGCUACUGGUAAAUGACUAUGCCAGGGAAUAACACAUCCACCCAGACAGGGUAUAUAGAGAUAAAAAGCACUUUUUUUCCCUCUCUUGAUGCUACAUCGGAGG